AUGUUUAAUGCAGGCAUGUUAUCAACAGAAGAAGAGAUGCAUCAGUUUUCAGAGAAUUUUGCCGUAGAGAUGCACUUGAUCAAGACAUACAAGUAUAUUGCUCAUCUAGAAGAUCUCAAACAACAAAGCAGUAUUUUCAAGAGAACAAGGGGGCGCAAAGAACAAAAGCAUAAAUUGGCGUCCAAAACAUUUAAAGAAUAUGCCUGGCACCAUCUCGUGGAGUCUGGAGAUUCACAAAAGUUGCUCGUGUUGAGCUCAAUAAAUAAAAUUAUCUUAAACAUUACAAACUCAUAAGCAACGGCACCAAAGCUGAAAAGAUAAGGUGAACAUUGUUGCGUGUGCUUCAUGGUGAGGAUGAUCAAUGGGAAGAUAUAAAUGAGUCUGCUGACGAGGAAGCAAAGGAAGGUGGAAUGGAAGACGACGGCAAAGAAAUUGAUGGCUCAGGGGACUGA